AUGAAAUUCGACACCGAAGAAAGCAUCAAAACUCUCGGCAUACGCUGGGAACCCGAAGCAGACGUGUUCCGAUUUGACGCAGCCGUUACAGUGCAGAAUCAGCGACCUACUAAGCGAACAAUCCUCUCCACUAUUGCACAGCUCUACGACCCACUCGGUAUCAUCUCUCCCGUCGUCGUUUCUGCGAAAAUAUUAAUGCAGAACCUCUGGCUCUUGGCUUUAGGCUGGGACGAUGAAGUUUCGCCGGAUCUCGGGCGCAAGUGGACUCAAUUUUGCGAGCAGCUGCCCGCCCUUUCCAGUUUUCGCAUCGAAAGAUGUGCAUUCGCUCCCGAUUUUCUCUCUGCAGAGUUGCACUGCUUUGCGGACGCAUCCGAACUCGCUUAUGGUGCGUGCAUUUACGCUCUCUCCGAAACUGUUGAUAAACGCGUACACGUGUGUCUACUAGCUUCGAAAUCUAGAGUGGCCCCGCUCAAGCCACUCACCAUACCACGGCUAGAGCUUUGUGCCGCUUUGCUCGCUUCUCGACUGUACGAAAAAAUCAUCCGUUCCCUAGAAAUGGAAAUAGAAGGAUGUUUCUUCUGGUCUGACUCCACGAUUGUACUUCAGUGGAUGAAGGCUCCGCCACGAACAUGGAAGACGUUCGUAGCAAACCGGAUUUCCGAAAUUCAAGCCACAACUGUUGGUUCCCAUUGGCAACACGUUUCCGGCAGGGAAAAUCCUGCGGACAUGAUAUCCCGAGGAGUUUCCGCAGAGGAGUUGAUCAACAGCGGACUGUGGAAGCGUGGUCCUAAGUGGCUACGCGAAGAUAAAUCAACGUGGCAAGUUGAAAUACUUCCAGAAAUCAAAUUUACUGUGAAGGAAUUGGAGGUGAACAAAAAUGCAAUCCUGACGACCCAGAUCGCCCUUCCCGAAUCGAUAUUCGUACGGUUUUCGUCAUACCGUACUCUACUCAACGUUGUUGCGCAUUGUUUCCGUUUUUAA